AUGAAGCUAAUUGUUCUCGCGAUCCUGUCUCCUUUGACAUUGGCAACAACGGAAGUCUGGGCACCUUGGGCACUCAGUUUCCCGAAAGAGACAAGACAAACACAGCCUUUCCUACUCAGCACCUUGAGGAAAGCUGUUAUUCAGCAUAUAAAGACCAUAUUGCCCCCUGUGAAUCAAACGGAUUUUCAGGAGUUAUUCUUUGCUGUUCCAGGCCGUGAAAAGUACAGUGUUCUGGGAAUCAAAGAAACACAGUAG